AUGACAGGUCAGACUAGUCUAACGCCGGCCGAGGACAUUGAAGCGGGAAUUAAGCAACAUGGAAACGACCUGGCGCAGAUAAUCUACCAGAUUGAAGAGCGCCAACUAAACUCCAACACCAACCAACCAACCAUACCGGAAACACUAAAGAAGAAGGAUACUGUUCAGAGCGUCCACUUUGAUCAAUGCGCAUGCGUGAAUGAGGAUGCGAUUCGAGAAUUAGUGGCGAUCCUCAACCCGCGAUUAAAAAGCCUGUGUGUCGUCUGCAUACCAGAUUUUACCAACAAUGCUGUGGCGAUCUUAUCAGAGCGAUGCCGUGAUUUGGAGUAUGUACGAUUUGAAUCGUGCCCUCGCCUUGAUCGCUCUUCCUUCGAGCUGUUAGGAACCAACUGUAAGAAUUUGAAAUCGGUGAUCUUUUCACGGGAAGAUGGCGUGGAAUGGAAGUUAGUGGAUUCUGCGUUAGAUGCCUUCACAAAGUACUGUAAGGCUUCUCUCGAAGUGAUCAGCUUUGUGAGCUUCACACGCCUCACUGAUAAUGGACUUCGAAGUUUAAGCAAACAAUAUAGUGAUAGUUUGAACAAGGUUGAUUUUAGCUCAUGUGAAGCAAUUAGUGAUGAUGGACUUUACGCGUUGGCUGGUACUUGCACAAAACUGAAGCAUCUUGCUCUAAACAGGACUAGCAUUUCUGAUAAGGGUCUUGCCUACCUGGCUGAAAAGCGACGGGAUCUCUUAGAAUUGGAAGUAGGUAACUGCAUUCGGGUGACAGAUGCUGGAAUCCGAAGCAUUGCUCGCUUCUGCCACUCCCUUGAAUCAAUCAGCGUCGAGCACUGUAUCCAGAUUACUGAUGAAGCCUUGAAGGCACUCUCGGAAGGGUGCUUUCAACUCGAAAGGCUUAACUUUAGUCAGACCGGUCUGACAUGCGUGCCCAGUACUAUACUCAGCCUUGGCAGACUCAAAAACUUCCAGGUCCAUAUGUGCAAAGAGCUGAGUUCACCACCACAAGAAAUCAUCGAACGAGAAGUCGAUGGCUUGGUGGAUUAUUUCUGUGAGAGAAGCCUUGGCUUCAGACUUCGGUUGAUGGUGUUUGGACCUAGUGGUGGUGGUAAAACUAGCUUUGUUCAAUCCAUCUGCUCAGGAGUAGCACAUAAAGCAGAAUCACCUACUGAUGGAUUGGAUGUAACAUGUUGGUGGCCUUUCAGGGGAACCAAGAACGAUUCUCUGUUUCAACAAAAACUAACGGCUGGUGAGAGAAGCCUAGCAGUGGAAAUUUGGGAUCUCUCUGGAAGGCCAGUAUGUCAGCGAUGUCUUCACAUGUUCAUUACACCUGCUACUCUGCCAGUAAUCGUAUUUAACUUAGCUGAUUCUGAGAGCUGUGAUGCCGUAGUUCAAUAUGCUGACUUCAUACAGAGUAGGGUCCCAGGUUGGAACUUUGUCCUGGUAGGAACCCAUUCUGAUGAACUGUAUGCAGAGGAUAAGCGAAGUGGCCAAUCAAGAAGAGUAUUUGAAGCUCUCAAUACUAGAAACGCUCAGUACAUAAAGGUCUACAAAGAAGAAAUAGCAAACAUUGAGAAGCUAUCGGGUAAGAAGACUCAACAGCAUUGUAAAGAUCGCAUCCAACAUCUUAAAAAGAGAUUGGAAGGGCUACCAAAAGGUCCUCCACAACUCAUCACUGUCAGCACUCUAACAUCAAAGGGUCUUGAAGAAGCCAAGAAAGCAAUCCUAAGUACGAUCUUAGAAAAGAAGAACUUCCCACAUCUUCGCUAUGACGUCAGACCAGAGACAACCAAGGUCUUUGAAGAAAUUCUUACUCUCAGGAAGAAAAAUGUCCUUCUGGUUCCCAAGCAUGAACUCGAUGCAAUCUUCAAACAAAAUGGCGUUCUUUCAUCAGCGGAAGGUAGCAAAGAUGAUGUUAAAUUCUUACAAGAUGCGGGAGCGAUCUACCCCUUUGCUUUCCCGACCGCCCGAGGAUCGGCAUAUAGCUCUGACAUCAUCUGCGUUGACCCAACAUCGAUGGCCCGUGCAUUACACGCAGUUCAUCUGGAUACCAGUUCUAAAGAUUUCCGUUUUGAGAGUAAGAGGUUCUGGCCUAAGGCUGCUACCACUAAGAAACCAGCACCAUCCGUUCUAGUUAAAGCAUUAGAAGAGGUAGCUACCCAAGGUCUAGUCAGAGAAUGUCUUCUUCCACUCAUAUGCCAGUCUCUACAACUUGAUGAAUCUCAGAUUCUUCAUUUGAUUGACCUUCUUACCAAACUUGGUGUUCUUCUCAAGGAAACCAAGGAAUCUACUGAUGAUCAAUUCUCAUGUCUAGAGCUUCCUAGCUAUAGAUCUCUAUCUACUAGACUUGUCUAUCAUCUUCCUCUGCUUGGACUCAUGCCACAGAAUGGACCGACAUUGAAUUGGACUCCGAAGCCCUUCCGUGGUGAUGUGCAGCUUGGAUGGAGAUAUAGGUUCCAACUCGGUACUCCCCCUGGUCUAGUGGCACAGCUUCUUGCUUAUUGCAGAUCUAGAGUUAGGCAAACUUCUUACCAACAUCAAUGGAGGUCGGGACUCUUACUUAAAAUUGGACAGAUUGCCACGACAUAUAUCAAGGUCUGA